AUGGUCCUGAGUGGGGUGCUAUGCUUCCGAAUGAAGGAUGCAGCACUGAAGGUGCUCUACCUGCACGAGAACCAGCUUAUGGCUGGAGGACUGCACACGGGGAAGGUCAUCAAAGGUGAAGAUAUCAGUGUUGUCCCCAAUCGGUCACUGGAUGCCAGGUUCUCCCCAGUCAUCCUGGGCAUCCAGGGAGGGACUCGGUGUCUGUCAUGUGGGACAGGAGUGGAACCAACUCUGAAGCUAGAGCCUGUGAAUAUCAUGGAACUUUACCUCAAUGCUGAAGAAUCCAAGAGUUUCACCUCCUACAGGUGAGACACUGGGCUCACCUCCAGCUUUGAGUCAGCUGCCUUCCCAGACUGGUUCCUUUGUACAGUGCAUGAAGCAGACCAGCCUCUGCGACUCACCCAGCUUUCUGAAGAUGCCAGCUUGGAUGCCCCCAUCACCGACUUCUACGUUCAGCAGUGUGACUAA